AUGCCUCUUACAAACAGCUCCUCCACCACAAUCUCCGACUUCCUUCUGAAUUGUUUUGUCGAGUCGGGGAGUGAUCAUCUCGGGCUCUCCAUGGUCCUGGCCCUGCUCUUUAUUGUGGCCCUGGCAGCCAACGCUGUGCUCCUGCUGACCAUCUGGCUGGAGCAGUCUCUGCACCAGCCCGUGUACUACCUCCUCAGCCUCCUCUCCCUCCUGGACCUCGUGCUCUGUCUCGCCGUCAUCCCCAAGGUCUUGGUCAUCUUCUGGUGGGACUGGCGAUCCAUCAGCUUUGCAGGCUGUUUUUUGCAGAUGUUUGUCAUGAACAGCUUCCUGGCCAUGGAGUCCUGCACCCUGAUGGUCAUGGCCUAUGACCGCUACGUGGCCAUCUGCCACCCACUACGGUACCCAUCCAUCGUCACUGACCGCUUUGUGGCUAAGGCAGCCUUCUUCGUCGUGGCUCGCAACACCCUCAUCAGCUUCCCAAUCCCCGUCUUUUCCGCCUGGCUACACUACUGUCGAACAAAUGUCAUUGAGCACUGCAUUUGUGCGAACUUGCACGUGUCCAGGCUGUCCUGUAGUGAUAUCACCCUCAGCCGUUUGUACCAGUUCGUAGCAGGCUGGACCCUGCUAGGCUCGGACCUGGUCCUCAUCUCCCUCUCCUACACCUUCAUCCUGCGUGCCGUGCUGCGUCUGAAGGCUGAGGGGGCAGCGACCAAGGCCCUGAGCACCUGCGGGUCCCAUUUCAUCCUCAUCCUCUUCUUCAGCACCAUCCUGCUGGUCCUGAUCCUCACCAAUGUGGUCAAGAAGAGAGUCCAUGGCAACAUCCCUGUCCUUCUCAAUGUCCUGCACAACGUCAUUCCUGCUGCCCUGAACCCCAUUGUCUAUGGAGUGUGGACUAAGGAGAUCAAGGAAGGGAUUCUCAGGGUCUUGAGGAAAGUGAGGGGGUGA